UUGGAAUUCAUAUUGCCAAUUUGUUUGUGUGAAGAUCUUCCUUCACUAGAAAGUGUGGAGAUUUGGGGGUGUCGCCAGAUAAAAUGCAUAUUUGGGCAAUAUCCAGGAGAGAAAGGGUUACAUCAAAUGCAAAAUGAAACCAUACUUUGUUCAUUGAAAGUAAUGUCUAUUAAGGAUGUUCCAGCAUUUGCGGGCAUAUAUCCAGAAUGUUGUCUCCCAAAAAACUCAACAGCAAAUACAAGUGAUGUGUCAAAAGUAAAAGAUAAGAGUCCGUGUCACAAUGUCUCUUGGGGUCCUUUUUGUUGUUUUCUGCCAAAAUCAAGCACUACAGAUGCAAAUGAUCCAUCUAUGUCAUCCCAAGCAAUUAAGUCAGGUACCACUACUUCCCAGGUGUUGAAGAAGGAAAAAUAUGUUGGGAAUACAGCUCCAGGAAUUUUUACUCUACCACUAUACCCAUUCAAUUUAAGAGAGAUGAACAUCAUAGAAAUUACCGAGUUAACGUCAUUGUUUACUAUAUCCAUUGCCUCAUCAUUGAAAUCUUUGCAAAUAUUGAAUGUUCUAUGGUGUGAUGCACUGAAGCAUAUAGUAAUUGAUGAGGGGAAUUGUGGUCAUGAUCAUUUGAAUGCCAAGUCUAUCUUCCCCAACUUACACUCUGUUUUCAUAAAUUGUGACAAGCUGGAAUCUAUAUUUCCAGCUUCUUGUUCUAUGAACCUGUGCAUUUGCAAUCUGUGAGUAUCAUUGGGGCUCGUAAGUUGGAAUAUGUGUUUGGAAAAUCUUAUGGUGAUGAUGAUCAUUCACUUGAUUACCACGGUCAUGAUGUUGAGAUUCAUCUCCCAGCUCUGACCAAACUAUGUCUUCAAGGAGUACUGAAUAUGGUCAGUAUGUGCCCUGAAAACUAUUAUGUGACAGCACCCUCCCUAAAUGAUAUCUCUUUUGAAUCAACAUGUCCACAACUCCAUAUAAAUUCUUUUAUAGAUUUAUCAGUCGGUGAGCAUAAAGAACAAGAAAAACUCUCAAGAAAAAAGAUGAUAAUCGGGAUGCACUUGUACGAUUUGAAACAUCUCGCUUUCUCAGAGAUGGACAUGGAAACAAUUUAUGAUCUUGAAAGACUCGAAAUUGCAAGUCCUGUAAAUUCAAGUUUGGAAACCCUGAGUUUGAAGCACCUGCAUAACUUAAGGAACAUAUGUGUGGGGCCAAAGAACUAUCUGAGCUUUCAAAA